CAGUUACCAAGUGACGUGACAACACAAACACAUGAACUCAGGAGCCAACUGAAGAAAAUCAUACAAGCCUAAAAGAAGAAUGUCACAUGAGUCAAAGUUAGAGCCCUAUCAGAAUCACAGCAGGCCUGAUGUCUUGGAGGGUCGUCUGUGCUGUCAGGAGAGGACACUGGCUGUGCUGCAGGAGCAGGCUUUCAGGGUCACAGAGAAGGUGGCAGCAGGCCUGGAGUCCACCAAGGGCUCUGUCCAGGUGGAGGCACUUUCCCGUAAGCUGCUGGAGAGUCACAUACUGACUAUAACACGUAUUGUGAAGCAGCUUAGCAUGGACAUACAGGCACUAGAGGGACAGCUCACCCAACGGGACUCUGUAACCUCUGGAACCACAGUAGCUGUUCAAAGCUUAGACCAGAAAAACAUGGCUGGCAUUGGAGACCUGAGAGGAAGAGUAGCCAGGUGUGAUGCCAGCAUUGCCAAGCUGAGCGCUGACAUGAGCUCUGGGGAGCAGCAGAUGAUUAGACUGCAGAAGGAGGCGGCAGAGCUCAGGUCAGCUGUGGAUGUAAGGCUCAAAGAGCUGGAGGUCAAGCUUCGUCAUGACCUUGGAAGGCUGCAGGCCUCAUUGACAGAGCAUCCGCAGAGCCAAAGAAGCUCUAUGUCUGAUCUGCAGAGACAAGUUAAACUACUAGAAGACACGAUUUCAGGUGGUCUAAAGGAAGUCAAGGAGGAGACAGAUUUACUGAGAAAGUGGACAGAACAACAGCUCAACAGCUCUAUCCAGACACAUGCACGGUGCAGCCAGCAGCUCCGCUCACUGCUACAGGACAAAAUGUUAGAGGCAGAGUCUGGAUUAGCUAAACGGCUGCGCACUCUGGAGGCCCGUGUGGAGCAGUUUGAGACCCAACGGGACCAAGCUGACCAAAGUCAGGCAAAUCAGCUGAAACGCUCUGAAACCAAACUCAGUAAAAGACUGACCUCAUUGGAGAACAGCCUUCAGCAGAAGCUGCAGCUGCUCAAACAGGAAUAUCACAAAGGGUUCCUGUCUGUGCACGAUGCCAUUGAGUCCCUGAGGCAGAUAGGUGACAUCAAAUCCCGUCUUGACAAGGAGAUGCUACAGAAGGAUAUCAGGCACAUCUGCAGCACAGUGGCAGAGCUCAAUGACUUGUGACUGAAGAGGAGCUCAUUUUACUGUCAAGCCUCGUUUGAGACAAACUCUUUUUAAACCAAAAGGCAUGCCCAUGGAUGACAGUGUUGAUUUCUCCCUCUCUAGCUUCAUUCUCAUCUUAUUCUAUGAGCCCACAGCUAUUUAGACUUGAGCUAUAUUUGAUUUAAUUGCUUGUGUCAAUAACAAGUGUGGCUAUUUUUUUGUGCAAUUUAAGAAAACAAUUAGAUUAAUUGUCUACCUUUGCACCUCACAAGUAAUCUUUUUUUACUUUAAAGCAUACAGGAUU